UUGAAGCUAUUGGAAAGUAAAAUACACACAGCACUUCAAAAUCGUAGGGCACUGGGUAGGCUUUUAGCACCCGAUGUGGUUGUGUAUUUGGAGUUUCUCAUCAACACUUGCAAGUUACUGUGGGAAAGCCACUAUCCUAUAUGUAGGAUAUCGUCGUAGGAUUUAGUUAARAACAGUUGAAGCCUGUUGCCUCCCGCUGUUGGACAAAACGGCAUUUGCAUUGCAUUUUCAUUCGCUCUAGCUACAGUUUCAGUGGACUUGAAAGUUUAAAUCCUGAAAUUUUGCUUCGCAAGCUUGCGAGCUUCCUUUCGUGAAUUAAAUUCGAAAGACAACCCACCUGGCCGUCUGGUAACUCGUUCAACAAACUGCUGCAGAAGGGGAAUGUGGUUUGUUGACGAUAGCCAAUCCUUCCGUUGGCUGUUCUCCAAUUGAAAAACAGAGAGAUGAUUUUAAUGACGUGGUCCAUCGUCCUUCGAGGGGAGACCAACUGCAAAACCAUCAACGUCUGAACAACUCCUGUGACUCCUUUUGAUCUGGUGGUGUCCAGUGGAGAGGAGGCUCCUCAAACCCCCGGAUAUUGAGUGAAGCGAGAGGACUUAAAAAGGAGGCACGACAAAAUGGAUGCCGUAGACACCAUCCAGAAUUCUGCCUUGGAGACCAAGGCUGAGCGCAUCGCCCGCUACAAAGCCGAGAGGAGGAGAGAGCUGGCGGAGCGCUACGGAAACACCGAGGAAGUCGGCUCGAAGUACACCAGGAGGGACAGGAAAGCUGGUGAGACUUCUGAGYAAGAGAAGCCGGAGGACAAAAGCUCCAAGUCCGAGCAGACGURAUCUAGCCGGGCCUCCAGGAGUAGGAUGGAAGACCGCGACGAGUCUGUUGACAGCGAGUCCUCCCAGGAGACCGGGGGGGAUGAGGAGGCCCAACUGGAUACACCUGGCCCGUCAAAGCCUGCUGCCACCAAGAGGCUUAACUCUAAUCACAGCAUGGACACGCUGCAUGUCGUGGCCCCUCCCCUUCACCCGCCAGUCAAGCCAGGGGCGGGGUCAACCGCGCGUCGCCGACCCCUCCGGUUGCUAAGGGGGGUGUCUGAAGGGAGCCGCAUGGCUAGCGGUCGUUUCCGGACGCAGCCGGUGACCGCCAGCGACGUCACAGCGAGUCAAUGCCUUUUGGAAGCUGGGGACGCCGAGGAGCCAAAAGUAACUGACAGGAAGACUGAUGACGGAGCCAAGAUGAACAUGGCUGCCAACAUGUCUUUGAUUAAGGGGCUGGAGAAGACUGAAGAGUCGUCUCCCCUGACAACAGAGGGGAGUGGUCGCCAUGCCAACAAUGACAGCCGAGCGCACACCCAGCCAAUCACAAGCAAGGAGAUGGUGGCGGCAGGCAGCCCUCCCAAAGAGGAAGAGUCUAAAGGCUCAGAGAUGCAGGAGGCUACAGACAAGCGCAGGUCAAAGGGGGAGCGCUCCCACACACAACCGGUCACUGAGUUUGAGGUGAAGAGGCUCUCGUCCUCCAGUUCCCCCCUACCCCUCUCCGACCAAACACCAUACCCCAGAAGCAAGGACGAAGAGGACAAGUCCCCUAUACCCUCCCAGCCUGUCUUGCUGCAGCGCCAAGACUCGGGCACCCGCAGCGGCAUCAAGGGCAUCCUCAAAAAGAGUCGUUCCACUAGUGUCGAGUCGGACUACAGUGAGGGAGGAACCCCUGAAAGCACCCCCACCACCGGGGUGGUCCGACAAACCAGCGUCACCCUGAGCCACCCCGAGAGCGACGAGGAAGAUGAGGAGAAAACAGAGGAGGUGGAGGAAGAGGAGGACGAGGAAGAUGAGACGAUAGUGGACGAUAGCCCUGACGGAGGGCGUUUCAGUACCCCCCAGAUGCAGAGGGGCAGUGGGCGUGGUGGUAGCAGUAGUUCAGCGGAGGACCUCCAGAGCCGGACCCCCUCUCCAGACGAGAGCCUGGGGGAGGAAGAGAUGGAGAAGAUGUCGUCGUUGGACACGGAAGAUGGAGAGGAUCAGGAUGUGGAUAGUAGUCUGGACAGCAGUGUGGGGUCAUCCCUGAAAGAGAGGCUGGCUGAAUUGAGCAGUGGUGAGGAGGAGUGGAAGGCCAAGCUGAAGAAGCCCAAGGAUCUGGUGCAGAAGUCCCUGGCUGACCGUUUCAACCAGCUCCAGGACUCUGGAGAUGCCUGGAAGAAGAAGAAGUCCAGUGCGGACGUGGAGACCAAGAUGUCCCUGGCGGACAGGAUGAAGAUCCUGCAGGAGAAGGAGGAGGCAUGGAAGAGCAGGGGGCGGGGCGCUGCCAACGACUCCACCCAGUUCACCGUGGCCGGGCGCAUGGCCAAGAGAGGUCUUGUGUCCGAAACUAAUAAAGAGGAGUCUCCCAUUUCUCACAUUAAGAAGUCCAGCUCCACGCCAGUCAAGCCACAUGAAGAAAUCUCCACUCCGACUGGCGUCAAGGUGGAAGGGGACAAGAGGCUGGACAAGUUAGAGUCCUUCCUGGACAAGCUCCACAGUAAAGGGCUAGGGCACAGCCGGACAUCCACCAUCGAGGUGACUGCCGAGACAGAGAAGGAGGUCAUGACCCUGGAUGAUGAAGAGACGUUUGGCCGCUUUUACAAGCCUGUGUCGCCCACCGCUCGAGGCACUGUCGUUACUGCGCUGACCGAGGAGGAAUUCAGUGACCUUCAAGCCGACACGCCAAAGUUGACGUCGGCAGUGACGGAACACAAGCGUGCUGUGCGUCCUACUCGGAAUAACCAGGGCUCACGCAACCCCCUCCGUGCCCUGGCGGCCCGCAACGACAUCCGCCAGGUCUACACGGAACAGAGACUCAAUAUAGCUACCGUGGAAACCAAGAGGAUCCAAGUGGAGAGGAUGGCCAAGCAUUCCAACCUGGCGGACGCAGCUCUGGCUGGCCUGGCUAGCAAGGAGAACUUCCGCAAGGUCAACCUGCGCAGUACCAAGUCCACUGAGGUGGUGACCAACAACAGCACGCUGCCCUUCAACAAGCUCAUGCUCAUCCGCAUCAAAGGUCGGAGGCACGUGCAGGUGCGUCUGGUGGAGCCCGCUGCCCAUUCCCUGAACAGCGGCGACUGCUUCCUGCUUAUCACCCCCAAACACUGCUUCAUGUGGAGCGGAGAGUUCGCCAACGUCAUCGAGAAAGCCAAGGUACUAGACAUGCUCUAUAUAUACAAAAAUGCAUCGUUCGUGCAGGCUAAGAGGGACCUUGGCUGUAAGGCCUCCCAGGUGACUGUGCUGGAGGAGGGCAUCAACACUGACAACAAAUGGGCUAAGGAGUUCUGGGACCUACUUGAGGCAAAGACCGACUACAGAGGGUACAUACGCGCAGGGGAGCCAGAGGAGGAUGAGCUGUAUGAAAGUGGUGUGUUAGACUCUAACGGGGUCUACGGGCUGCAGGAGGGCAAACUGGUGCCCCACAAAGAGGCCUGGGCCUCCAUCCCCAGUGUCACCCUGCUCAACUCUAAAGAGGUGUUAGUGUUUGACUUUGGCAGUGAGGUGUACGUAUGGACGGGGAAGGACGUCCCCCUGGGUGACAGAAAGGUGGCUGUCCAAUUAGGGAAGCAGCUGUGGAGCGGUUCUUACGACUACAGCAGCUGCAGGGUCAACCCCCUGGACUCCUGUUCAACCAAUACUGAUGUCCCUGAGCAGGGUGAGGGACGUCCCAGCUGGGCUCUGUUCGGCCGUCUGUCGGAGCACAACGAGACGGCUCUGUUCAGAGAGAAGUUCCUGGACUGGGCUGAGAGGAAAGAUGAGUCUGCCAUGGAUGAGGCCAAGAGCCCUGUCCACUCUACCCUCCGCUCGCCCCUUGAGGCGGCCAAGCCCGACGUCUUAAAACCGUGCGACGCCAAGGCCCUGCUGGACAGUGUGGGAGGCCCCGUACGUAGCCUCCUGGAGGGCGUAGACGUGCAGCGUGGCUACGGGCUGGUCCGAACGGAGGACGGACGCCAGGCGGAGCUCGCCACAGUGGCAGUGGACACCUGGCAUAUCCGGGAGUUUGAGGAGGAGGAGCUGGUGGCGGCGAGCUUGGGCCAGCUGCAUGAAGGAGACACCUACGUGAUCCGCUGGAAGUACUCGGUCACCACUGUGGUGGGUAAGAGGCAGAAGCCGGGGGAGCUGAGUAGUGGGGGUCCAGGUCGGGAGCGCAGCGCCUGUUUCUUCUGGCAGGGCCGUCACUCCAGCGUCAGCGGCAAGGGCACCUCCGCACUGAUGACCGUAGAGCUGGGGAACCACAGGGGGGCGCAGGUGUUGGUGACACAGGGCAAGGAGCCUCCAUGUUUCCUGCAGCUUUUCCAGGGAGGCCUGGUCAUCCAAAAGGGCAGCAGAGAAGAUGAUGGCGUCAACAACACAGGCGGCUGGCAUCUGUAUUGCGUGCGCGGGGAAGCCACGGUGGAGGCUUCCCUGGUGGAGGUGGAGUGUUGCUGUGCCAGCCUGCGUUCCCGUGCCACCCUGGUUCUGCUGGAGGCCCACCAGGGACAGCUCUACCUGUGGCACGGAUGUAAGUCCCACGCCAGCGCCAGGGAGGUGGGCGCCAGGGCUGUAGAAAGGCUCAAACAGAGGCAUCCUUCUGAGCUGGGCCUGAACAGUAACAGCAGUCUGAAGGUAGAGGAGGUAGAGGAAGGCACGGAGCCAGUUGGGUUCAGGAAUGCUCUGGGACAGCAGGACCGGAAGGCAUAUGACUGCAUGCUCCAAGAUCCAGGGAAGUACAACUUCACCCCGCGUCUGUUCUGUCUGAGCGCCAGCUCGGGGGUAUUUGAAGGGGAGGAACUGCUGAGCCCGGCCCGUGUGACAGGGGCCGUCAUGGCCAUGCCCUUCCUCCAGGAGAAUCUGUACUCUGUGCCACAGCCAGCCCUCUUCAUGCUAGAUAACCGUAUGGAGGUGUACCUGUGGCAGGGCCGGCAGCCCGACGACGGAGAGUGUACAGGCUCAGCCAAGAUCCGCUGGGAGAACCAGAAGAAGUGUGCCAUGGAGACGGUGCUGCAGUACUGCAAAGAGAAGAACUCUCGCCGCCCCCCUCAGGCCUACCUGGUCCUAGCGGGCUCUGAACCGCUGACCUUCACCAACAUCUUCCCCUACUGGGAGAGAGAUCCCAACAUCACCACCCAGGCGGAGGGGGCACGCAACAAGGUGACCCUGGUGCAGGACGCCCUGAACUGGCUGAGUAAGAACCAAUACUCUGUGGAGGAGCUGACGGCCAAGCCUCUACCAGAAGGAGUGGACCCCCUCCGCCUGGAGAUCUACCUUUCAGACCAGGACUUCCAGAGGGUCUUGGAGAUGACUCGCACCGAAUUCAACGCCUUGCCAAACUGGAAACAGAAGAACCUGAAGAAAAGCAAGGGCCUUUUUUAAAAAGUUUUCCUUUUUUGUUGUUGUAAACAAACCAAAAAAACAAGAGGAUUUUUUUUAAAGUCCAUAUGGCACCUUUUUCAUACUGUUUUGUAUUCUGUGGGAAAUCAUGUUGUUUUUUUCAUGUAAACCGAAAGAACAAAACACAUGUACAGACUUGUAUCUGUUUUAAAACGAUAACCUCUUUUUAAAAAUGCCAAUUUUAUAGACCUUUCCUACAAAGCAAUAUAUUGUAGCCAAAUAUAUACAGUAUAUGCAAGUGUUACCUUUUGGCAGCGAGGUUAUUGUUCAUUAUAGUGAACUAUAUAUGCCCCUGAAUUAUAAAUAUGUAUUAUAAAUGUCUGUUCUUACAUGUG